UCCAAUUAAGGCGGACUUGAGGCGCUCUCUUACGUGUUCAUCUACCAGGAUCGACGUUGAGACAACAGGAAGCAGAGGGGCUUUGGCCAAAAAAAAAAAAAAAAAAAAAAAAAAAAAAGGCAGAAGGAGAGAUUGCCUUGCCUUCUAAUUUCUCCCUCUCCAGCCCCAGAACAAUGUCGAUGAGCCCUAAGCAUACGACUCCUUUUUCUGUUUCCGAUAUCUUGAGUCCCCUUGAGGAGAGCUAUAAGAAAGUAAGUAUGGAGAAUAACAACUUGGGGGCACCUCUCACUUCUUACCGGCAGCCGCAAGUCUCACAGGCGGCGAUGCAGCAGCACCACAUGGGCCAUAAUGGGACUGUGUCUGCGGCUUACCACAUGACUGCGGCAGGUGUUUCUCAGCUGUCACACACGGCCAUGGGGGGCUACUGUAACGGCAACCUGGGCAACAUGGGCGACCUGCCGUCUUACCAAGACGGCAUGAGGGGCAGCGCCACGGCAACCGGCUGGUACGGAGCCAACCCAGAUCCGCGUUUUUCCACCAUUUCCCGCUUCAUGGGCUCUUCGUCGGGGAUGAACAUGGGCAGCAUGGGCAGUCUCAGUUCCCUGGCAGACGUGGGUAAAGGCAUGGGCUCUCUGUCAACCACACCGAGGAGAAAGAGGCGAGUGCUGUUCUCCCAGGCGCAGGUGUACGAGCUGGAGCGACGCUUCAAGCAGCAGAAAUACCUGUCGGCGCCGGAGAGGGAACACCUGGCAAGUAUGAUCCACCUCACCCCGACCCAGGUGAAAAUCUGGUUCCAGAAUCACCGGUAUAAAAUGAAGAGGCAGGCAAAAGACAAAGCCUCCCAGCAGCAGAUGCAGCAGGAGAGCGGCUCCUGCCAACAACAGCAGCAGCAGUCACCUCGGAGAGUAGCUGUGCCGGUGCUGGUAAAGGAUGGGAAGCCGUGCCAAGGCAGCGGCCACACGCCCACAUCCUCCGCUCAGACGCACCACCAGCAAGGGGGCAAUGUCAUGAUUAUGUCUAACAACACGUCCGGCCUCGGCCAGCAUCAGACCCAGCAGGUGGGAAGCACAGGUCACUCUCCAGACUUGGCGCAGCACUCCUCCAGUCCGCCCUCACUUCAGAGCCAAGUGGCCGGCCUCUCCCACCUCAACUCCCCCGGCGCAGAGUACGGCUCGGCCUUGCAGUGUUCAGCCCUGUUAUACGGCAGGACAUGGUGACAAGAGGCGCCGGCUAUGAUUUAAAUCUAAUUUUAAAAAAGAAAAGACAUUUUUAUGUUAAUGCUCGGCAAGUUUCACUGUAAAUGUGCGCACUUGAACAAGAACCGAGUGAAACCGACGCAGCUCUUCUUGAAUUUUUUCUCCUCCCCAUUUCGAAAGGAAGUGUGACUCUUGUGGAAGAAACACUUGUUCACAAACUGCGGAUGUAAAAGUCUUGGGAUUUAUUUAUGUAAAUUAUAUUGACACAAAAGAAGAAUCAGCAGUCAAAUAGGCCCCAUAGUUGGGAAAACUAAACCCGAAACAGGGACGCAGAUAGACUGCAGGACUGCUGGGUGCUCUUAAAUUUCCCUCCUCAAACACAAAUGUGAUGACUCUGAUUUAUAAUAGAAUUUAAUGUAAGCCGUAGAUCUAGCUUGUAUAUUUCAGUAAAAGGUUUGAAUUUUAGCUAUUUGUUGUACAAAGUUUUUGACGCUAUUGCCGGUUUGUUGUCGUUUCACUGGUAUUUGUACGUUUUAUUUCUUUGUAACUUAUAUAGAUAUUUGACUUACAGCAAAACAGUCCUAUUAA